GCAACUAUUCAUGCGAUUGCAUCUCACCUUGGAGCCACAUUGUGUGAAUGGAACACACCAACUCCUGUAGUUUGGCAAGAACAUUUAUACAACUCCAGUGCAGGAAUACGCUACAUGUCAAAGUUGGAUGAAUUUGAAAAUUUUGUGGAGAGAAUAAGGAAGUAUGGAUUGAUCCCAUCAUCCCUUAAUGAGGGUUCAAAAUCAUCAAUCAUACUCUUAAUUGAUGACCUUCCGGUGACAAAUGGUAGAGUUGCUUUUGGAAGACUUCAAAACUGUUUGCAUCUUCUUGUGCGAUCUACUCGGAUACCAACUGCUAUAUUGAUCACCGACUACGGUAAAGCCGAUUCAGCAGAUCACUCCACUGGAUACUUAGAAGAACUUCAGUUGUCUCUUGAAAAUGUUGGGGCUUGUAAGGUCUCCUUCAAUCCUAUAACAGAUAAUUCCAUCAAGAAAGUACUUUCUAGAAUAUGUAAAGAAGAGCAGUGUAAUGUGACCACUGAACAAGUCAGUCUAAUAGCAAAAGCAAGUGGAGGUGACAUUAGACAUGCAAUUACAUCUCUGCAGUUUUUCUUUCUGAAACCAAAUCCGAGGCAUUUGUUGUCUUCAUCAAGUCCUGCUACCACAUAUGCUAAAGAGAAACCGUAUGAGGUAAAUGCUUUGGACGACGGGUUUUCCUUCCAGUUUGGCAGAGAUGAUACACUUUCUCUAUUCCAUGCCCUUGGGAAGUUUCUGCAUAACAAAAGAGAGACGGAAAAUGUCAUGGCAUUGGACGGAGAUGCAUUUCAUGUGCGGGAAGGAUUGUCUAGACUACCACUAAAAAUGGAUGCUCCAGAAAAGAUUCUAUGCCAAGCACAUGGACAAGCUAGGCCUGUUGCCGACUUUCUACAUGAAAAUGUUCUAGAUUUUCUGAGUGAGGAGGCCAUAGAUGAUGCAUGGGCAGUUGCUUCAUAUCUAGGUGAUGCUGACUUGCUUCUUGCUACUUUCCGUGGAAUGCUAAGUAGACAGUAUGAGGCAGAGAAUAUUCUACAAUCAGCUGGUGCCUCAGUUGCUGCUCGGGGUGUGCUAUUUGGAAAUUUUCAUCCAUUGCCUUCCAGGUGGCAUGCUGUUCGCCGGCCAAAGGUCUGGCAGGUUGAGCAAUCAUCAUUGCGUAACAAGAAGGAGAUGGUAAAACGGAGAUUUGGCGCUUAUAGUGGAAUGUGUGCAUCCGAUUUGACAGUUAUUGCUACUGAGUACACACCCGUGUUGAAAUGGCUUGGAUUUAGGGCAGUGCAUGGCUACAAGGAAGAAGACAAUGUUGAAACGAUAAGUUUU